AUGAAACAUUCUCGGGAUAUAGCGAAAUUGAUUCUAGUGAUAUUUAUCCAUCAAUUCAUAUCUGCCGUGGUUGCAGGUGGUGUAGAAUUCGCUAUUGCUUAUGGGAUGUAUCAUCAUUCUUCACGUACUAUAAAUCUUUGGGCUUUCCCGAACACAUUAUCUGGUGAUAUUUGUUUAACUUUAUUUGUUCAAAUUGGUUCAAAUUGGUUAACAGAAGAGUUUUUAACUGGAUGGGACUGUUAUAGAGGAAAAUGUGUCAAUAUCUCAUAUAUACCCUACUAUAAAAAUUUAAGCCCCAAAUGGAAAUUAUACUUGGAUUGGUUUUUUGAAGUUCCCUAUGGGUUAGUUCAUAAAUAUGAAACUCAAGAGAGCUUAAUUCAUGCUCAAAAUUUUACAAUAAGGCAUCGCCCAUUGGUAAGCGCUACUCCAUCUCUCGAUGAAGAUAAUGAAGAGGACGAAGAAGAUAAUGAAGAAGAUGCCGAUUCAGAUUACUCUGAUUAUGAUUAUGGUAAUACUGGCAUAGACAUCGAAAGACAACAAGUGGUGAUCAUUCCAGGGGUAAGAUUCAAACACAAACCUAAACCAGAACUAUACACUUUUAUUUACAGAUUGGGGAUUAGAUAUCCAGAUCGUAAUGCUUUUUAUAAUAUUUUUUGGUUAUUAUUUGAAAAAGUCAUUCGUGUUCAAAUAUUAGGUACUUUUUUAUUCAUCUUCAUUUGGCCACCUGCCAUUGGUAUUUUAAUAGGUGUUGGUCAUCAUUUACCACAUCAUCGUCAUGAGUAUUUUUUCCAUCAUUAUCCACAACCACAAGUCAUUAAAUUAAUCUUUGGUAUAGUCGUAGGAUUGGCAAGUGAACCGUUCAUUGUUUUAUGGAUUAUGCUAAGAAAUGAAUUUUUCGUUCAAAAAUUAACCCAAGUAAUGGAAGAACAAAGAUUAAUUGACGAACAAGAAAAUGAGAAAAAUAGAAGAACUGAUUUCGAUUCAAUUGGGUCAAAUGAAUCGACCGAAGUUGAAUCUGUAUCAUCUCAUGAUGGUAACAGUGAAAAUGAUUCGAAUGUGGAUAGUUCAACUCAAAAUAGUUGUAGUGAUAGUAGUGACGAUGAAGAUGACGCUAAUGGAAAUGAAGACGAAGACGAAGACGAAGACGAAGAUAAUGGGAAUAACAGAAUUAUAGAAUUUAUUACGCAUGAUAAUAAUAGUAAUAAUGACACAAUCACACCGGUUCAAUCAAAUGAAAGUCUAGCGACCUCUACUUCUGAGACUUCAAUGCAGAGUGCCACUUCAGCAGUUUCUGCUGGCUCACCUCCUUUAAGUGUAUCGAAUAUACCAAAGAUGGCAACGCUCGAUAGUGACGCUCAAAGUGAGAGCAAAGAUCCACAACCUAUUACAGAAGAUUCUUCAGGUACAGUUGCUGCUAGUGCCACCGAGGAUGAAACCCAAGAACCUGGGCAAAAGGCACAAGAAGACUUGAUAGAUACAGACACUGAAACUGAAGCAAGUCUUGAACAGGACAGUAUUUUUGUGGAUGUUAACGGUUCUGAGGCCUCAAGGAUCCAGACUGAACAAGAAGAGCAGAUAUCAACUAUAGCUGAAGAAGAAGAGAAAGAGAAAGAUGAAGAAGAAAAAGAAGAAAAAGAAGAAGAAGAAGAAGAAGAAGAAGAAGAAGAAGAAGAAGAAGAAGAAGAAGAAGAAGAAGAGAAUAGACAAGAGAAUAACGAAGAAUAUGUAGGAGAUGAUUUAGAAAAUACAUCCAUAGACACUGCAGAAAAUGCAGUACAAACUAAAAAUAAGCUAAAGCAAUUUUUAUUGGGUUGA